AUGCCGGGGCGCAAGAAAACGUGUUGGACUGGAGACUGGCUGGAUCCAGCCUUACUCGGGGAGAUUUGUCACUGCAACCAUUACAAUUGGGUGGGCAAAGAAGCCGAUCAAGAGGUUGAGGUGGGAUUUUAUAAUGGAGGCUGCGCUCAGAUUACCCUAAGCAUGCCUCGACAUUUUAUCCUUACAAAGAUUGCACUAUGGGCAACAGUGUUUACACCCAUGACCAAAUACGCCCUUGAAUUUGCACCAUUCGCCAUCCAACUAGAACGCAACCUUCCUGAUUCUAUUAGUUCCAGGACCAAAACAAUCAUAGGAGGCGCUGUGGGUUCAAUUCUGCUACUGAUAAUACUAGCUCUAGCACUCUCCGUUCCAUAUUUUGAGCAUGUCCUCAGCCUUACUGGCUCCCUUGUGAGUGUCAGUAUUUGCAUGCUUUUCCCCUGUGCCUUCUAUAUCAAGCUUUCAUGGGCUCAAAUAUCUAAGCCUGUUCUCAUCCUAAAUGUGAUCCUUCUUGCAUUUGGGUUACUUCUUGGGGUCGUUGGGAGCAUAUCCUCAUCAAAGUUGCUCGUUACAAGUCUAAAAAGAGCUCGCUCUAGCUGA